AUGUCAGGUGGACAUAUCGACCUUCUCUGCAAGAUCUGGGAGUGCAUGAUGCCGAGCAACACUAGCUCACCCUUCCCCGACCACAAGACCAUGUACCGCACCAUUGACGCUAUUGAAGUCGGCAACAUUCCAUGGCAAUCGUUCAACAUCACCUAUCAGGGACCUCGUCCCAGCAACCAUGUUCCUCCGUGGAUGAAGGCAGAAUACGAUGUUUGGUUCCGCGACCCUCGGGAGAUACUCAAGCAGAUGCUCGCACGGCCGGAUCUUCAGGAGCACAUUGACCUCACACCAUAUUGUGACUAUGACGACUCGGACAUGCAUCAUUACGAGAACCUGUUGUCGGGUGAUUGGGCUUGGGACCAAGCGGUCCAAAUUUCCGAAGACCCAGACAACCACGGGGCAACGUUCAUCCCCUUUGUUCUUGGUAGUGACAAGACUACCGUCUCUGUUGCUACCGGGCACACAGAGUAUUACCCCUUGUAUAUCUCCCUCGGCAACGUCCACAACAACACUCGCCGCGCUCACCAAGACGCUCUCGCUCUCGCCGGCUUUCUUUCAGUUCCGAAAACAAACAAGACAUACAAUGUGGACCCUCAAUUCCGGCAUUUCCGGCGCCAGCUCUACCACUGCUCCCUCGCGACAAUCUUUGACGUCUUCAAAGCCGGGAUGAUGAAAUAUGAGGUGGUCCAAUUUGGCGACGGUUACCACCGGCGAGUGAUUUGGGGGAUCGGGCCUUACAUAGCAGACUAUCCCGAACAAGUCCUUCUCGCUGGUGUCGUUCAGGGCUGGUGUCCCCGAUGCCUGGCAUAUCCCGAGAACCUGGACGCCGAUGACACACUGCUGCGCUGCCGAGAGCACAACAACGCACUUGUGGAGGACUUCCAUCCGGUUAUGUUAUGGGAUUCUUAUGGUAUAAUAGCCAACGUUGUUCCAUUCACAAAUGACUUCCCCCGCGCUGACAUCCACGAACUUCUCGCCCCCGACAUUCUUCAUCAGCUCAUCAAAGGCACAUUCAAGGAUCACCUUGUUGAAUGGGUGGGCAAGUAUCUCGCCGACGUUCAUGGGAAAACGGAGGCUAAAAAGAUAAUGGAUGACAUUGAUCGACGAAUAGCGGUCGCGGCACCCUUUCCCGGUCUUCGUUGCUUUCCAGAAGGUCGAGACUUCAAGCAGUGGACGGGGGAUGAUUCUAAAGCGUUGAUGAAGGUCUACCUUCCUGCACUCGAAGGCCGCGUUCCCGAUGACGUCGUCAAGGCUUUCCGCGCCUUCCUGGAGUUUUGUUACCUUGUUCGCCGGAACGCGCUCACGGACAAGGACCUCGUUGACAUCCAAGACGCGCUCGAUCGUUUCCACCAUUACCGAACCUUUUUCACUGAGGCGGGCACUAUCACGUCCAUUUCCCUUCCACGUCAGCACUCCAUGACCCGCUACCGUUGGCUGAUCCAACAGUUCGGCUCUCCCAACGGCCUCUGUUCCUCCAUUACGGAGUCAAAACACAUUGAAGCUGUCAAGGAACCAUGGCGCCGGUCCAGCCGCUUUAACGCUCUCGGCCAGAUGCUCGUCACAAAUCAACGCCUCGACAAACUCAAGGCCUGUCGUCGCAACUUUGAUGUGCGGAACAUGAUCAUUCCGCUCACAGAGGGAUUCAAGGCCCUUCAACGUCUCGCCGCGGCUCUCGAUAACAUGAGUGACGAUCAAUCGACUGCCACAAGCGGCGACCUUUCAUUCCGGGAACCGCGUUCUCGGUCCCUUGACGAGCACCCAGAGGAUGUCGAGAUUGAUGGGGUAGAGCUACUUGCAGAGGUCACGCUUUCGGAUCGAUCCACUCCCGGCCGUCCCAAGACAAUUGAGGACCUUUCAGCGGAGACCAACGUGCCGAACCUCGACCGUCUCACUCGCCGGUUCCUCUUCAGCUUACUCCAUCCCCGAGAUCCCCGCGUACAGCUACGCUCCGUCCCUCUGAAGGAGUGCCCCGACCUUCCGAAGCGCAUCAAGGUUUUCAACUCCGCGCGUGCUGUCUUCAAGGCCCCAAGCGACCUCUGUGGGAUGUCAGGCAUGAAGA